CAGCAGCGCUGAGCAGAUGCACAGGAUCUCACCAAGGGAUGAACGAGGGGGAUUCCUGUGAAAUGGAUUUAAACCAUCUGUGAGGACAGAAGGAAAAAGAGAGAGAAAAAUAAAAUAAAAUAAAAUACUGCUUCCCUUAAGGUACUGCAAUGACACAGAACCCAGCCUAUAACACCACCUGGGAGGACCUGAUCCUUUCCAGUGCUGCGGUGUUGCAGAACAAGCCUCGGCCUCAGCAGAACAUCACCUACGUGGAUUUCUACCUCCACAAACCCGGCGUGGCUGCGGUCUUCACCGUUUCCUACCUGCUCAUCUUUGCGGUGUGCAUGGUCGGUAACGGGGUGGUGUGCUUCAUCGUGCUGCGCAGCAGGAACAUGCGCACUGUCACCAAUCUGUUUAUCCUCAACCUGGCCAUCAGUGACCUCCUGGUGGGCAUCUUCUGCAUGCCAACCACACUUCUGGACAACAUUAUAACAGGAUGGCCUUUCGGUAGUAUUGUGUGUAAACUGAGUGGGAUGGUUCAAGGGAUAUCUGUGUCGGCAUCUGUAUUCACCCUCGUUGCCAUCGCUGUUGACAGGUUCCGCUGCAUUGUCUACCCUUUCAAGCAGAAGCUGACCAUCGCCACCUCAAAGCUAAUCAUUGUCAUCAUUUGGGUCCUGGCUGUGUUCAUCAUGUGCCCGUCAGGGGUCAUGCUCCAGGUCACGAAGGAGCAGACGGUACGGAUAGUCCUCGGUCCCAACAGCGACACUCGUCCGUUCUACUGGUGCCGGGAGAACUGGCCUAGUCAGGAGAUGAGGAAGGUCUACACCACGGUUCUCUUCGCCAACAUCUACCUCGCCCCGCUAAGUCUGAUUGUCAUCAUGUACGCGCGCAUUGGCUUCACCCUUUUUAAGACCACCCUACCUUCAGCUAGGGGCAGUGGGAGCGCCCCACUGGAGGGGAGUGGCAACAACAAACUGAGCGUGGACGGGCGUCAGACGAUCACACGGAAGAAGAAGCGGGUGAUAAUGAUGCUCCUGGUCGUGGCUUUGCUUUUCAUCGUAUCCUGGCUGCCUCUCUGGACCCUCAUGAUGUUGAGCGACUACGCCAGCUUGACGGAGCACCAGCACCGCGUCAUUAACAUCUACGUAUACCCUUUCGCUCACUGGCUGGCCUUCUUCAACAGCAGCAUCAACCCCAUCAUCUACGGCUUCUUCAACGAGAACUUCCGCAAAGGCUUCCAGGCAGCUUUUAAGUUCCAGCUGUGUUCCGCCGACGUCCUGCGCCAAAGGACCCUCUCCCACCGGAUCAGAGGGAACGCCGUGCUCCCAGUCCACCCGACGGUGCCAAGCAGACCGGCGUCCAGAACCGGGUCGCUGUUCGUGGGGAACGGAACGUGUCAGGAGGGAAACGACGUCAGAGAGCAGGAUCUGAUCAUGGAGGAUUUGGAAAAAGUUUCACAGAUUUAGAAAGACUGAGGUGGUGCAUGGCCUGAGCAUGUUUCGAAAAGAUCUACAACCUAAAAAUCCAUAAACCUAACUUAAGCCCCUUAAUGAAUGUAACCCGACAUCAUGUUAAAUAAAGUAUGCUUCGACUGUUAUUGUGACACAUUGUUCACAUCGGACACAAAAACAAUCCUAGAAAUAAUGUGCCAAUCUUUUAAUACCAGGGGAACACUUAGUACUGUGGGUGCCAUUUGCAAAGUUGCACUGUAAAAAAGUGAAAAAUAGUGGGUGUUCAUGUUUCAAGGUCACAUUUUCUCCAUGAUUAUCCUACAUUUAUAAAUGUCAAAGUUCGAAAAUAAGUAUUUAGCUUCCUAACUAAAUUUCUUUUUGCUAAAAAUAAAUUUACUAAAUAAAAAAAGUAUUGUUAUCGGUAUCAAGCUAAGUCGAAUAUUUAACUUGUGAGUUGAACAUUAAGUUUAUAUCUGAUAUUUAUAAAUGUAGGAACAAUAUGGUGAAAAUGUGACUUUGAAAAAUGAAAACCCACAUUUCGUUCUCUACGACAGGCUAAAUAAACCAAGUCAUUACUUUAAAUUUUUUACUCUGUAACUUUACAAACGGCACCACAUAUUGUACCUGCUUCGAAAGCUAGAUAUUAAAAUGAUUUGUGUACAAUGUAUUCUUUUUCUUCUGUUUGGAAAUGUGGUUAUUUGAUUGUUUGUGGUCGUGGAGGCUUUGAGCUCUAAAAUGUCAUAAAAGCCAACUGGUCCAGUUGGGCAUCAGAACCUCAACCAGUUUGGUAAAUAGUCGGACUCAGGAGGAUUCGAUUUAAUAACAGUCUCC